AUGUGGUACCAACUGGGAGCUGCUCUUCUUCUCACCGUGCCUUUAGUGCACGGGGCAAGUGAUACGUCAAAUCCCCUAGAUAAGGGUAACACAACGGCACCAUGGCCGGAUUCAGUUUAUUCAAAUGCUACCGAUACAAACAACCCCGUGGUCGCUGCAGGCUCCAAAUCGAAUCAAACCUCUCCACCUUGGUACCCCUCACCAUGGGCUGAAGGAUUAGGCGAUUGGGAGACAGCAUAUGCCAAGGCCAAGUCAAUCGUCAGCCAGAUGACCCUUUUAGAGAAGGUGAAUCUUACAACCGGUGUCGGCUGGGAACUUGAACGCUGCGUUGGUCAAAAUGGCGCUGUCCCUCGGCUUGGAAUUCCUAGCAUGUGUAUGCAGGAUUCCCCGUGUCCUGUAGCUGAUUACAACUCCGUAUUCCCCAUGGGUGUCAAUGUCGCAGCAACAUGGGAUCGAGGCCUGGCGUACGCACGUGGACAGGGAAUGGGUUACGAACACAAACACAAAGGAAGUAAUGUUCAGCUCGGACCAGUGACUGGUCCUUUGGGUCGUUCUCCUGAAGGUGGAAGAAACUGGGAAGGUUUUGCGCCUGACCCAGUACUCUCUGGGGUACUCUUUGCCGAGAGUAUCGCUGGUAUCCAGUCCCAGAAUGUUAUCGCAUGCGGAAAGCACUUUAUUGCUUAUGAGCAGGAGCACUUCCGUAGCUCUGGAGAUGGUUUUCUUUACCAGGUCAACCAAAGCUAUAGUGCCAACUUGGAUGAUGUCACAAUGCAUGAGCUUUAUCUUUGGCCAUGGAUGGAUGGUGUUCGUGCUGGAAUGGGCUCUGUGAUGUGCUCUUACAACCAGAUAAACAACAGCUAUGCCUGCCAAAAUAGCUAUGUUCUGAACAAGCUUUUGAAAGCAGAGCUAGGAUUCCAAGGAUUCGUCAUGAGUGACUGGAGUGCUCAGAUGUCUGGUGUUGCCAGUGCCUUGGCUGGUCUAGAUAUGACCAUGCCUGGUGAUAUUGCAUUCGAUUCAGCAACUUCGUACUGGGGGAGCAACUUGACGGUCGCCGUACUCAACGGUACCGUGCCCCAAUGGCGAGUUGACGAUAUGGCUGUUCGCAUUAUGGCAGCUUGGUAUUACGUCGGAGCGGAAACCAACUACAUUCCCAUCAACUUUGAUUCCUGGACCCUAGAUACAUAUGGCUAUGAGCACUACUAUGCAAACGAAGGGUACGGAGUGAUUAACGAGCAUGUGGAUGUGCGAAAUAACCAUGGUGCUUUGAUCCGUGAGAUUGGCGCUGCCAGUGCAGUCCUGCUUAAGAACGAGGGUGCUCUACCCUUAACAGGGAAGGAAAAGUUCACUGGAGUAUUUGGAUCUGAUGCUGGUGCCAACGCAUACGGACCCAAUGGGUGUUCCGAUCGCGGAUGUGACAUGGGAACAUUGGGCUGCGCAUGGGGAAGUGGAACUGCCAAUUUCCCAUAUCUAAUCACUCCCGGGUUUGCCAUUGAGAACGAGAUCUAUAACCAAGGCGUGGGUAUCUUCCAGGGUGUUUACGAUGACUAUGCCUAUUCUGAGGCCGAGUCUGUUGCUGGUCAGUCAUCCGUUGCUAUUGUAUUCGCAAACUCCGACAGUGGUGAGGGAUACAUUAGCGUGGACGGGAACAUUGGUGAUCGCAACAACUUGACGCUCUGGCAUGACGCAGAUACUUUGAUUCAAACUGUCAGUUCCCAGUGCAACAACACCAUCGUUGUGAUCCACAGUGUUGGACCAGUCCUCAUGGACAGCUUCGUCGACAAUCCCAAUGUGACUGCAAUUGUCUGGGCUGGUGUCCCAGGAGAAGAGUCCGGGAACUCCAUUGUGGACGUUCUCUAUGGCAAGGUUAACUUCGGUGGCAAACUACCCUUCACAGUGGGAUAUUCGCGCGAAAACUACGGAACAGAUAUUCUGUAUAAGCCGAACUGUGGCGAAAGUGCUCCGCAGCUGGAUUUCACCGAGGGUUCAUUCAUCGACUACCGCGCUUUCGACAAGGGAGGCGUAACCCCAUUGUAUGAAUUCGGCUACGGUAUUAGCUACACCACAUUCAGCUACUCAGACAUUCAGAUCGUUAAGCACAACGCUGGGAAAUACACUCCUACAAUCGGUAAAACAAUCCCUGCGCCAAACCUAGGCCAGGUCUCCAAUGACACCUCGGAUUAUACCUUCCCUGACAACAUCAGCCGCGUUCCCUACUUCAUCUACCCCUACCUGAACUCCACAUCUCUUGAGACCUCAGCAGAUGAACCUGACUACGGUGCCUCCGGAUCUAUUCCAGCAGGCGCUCAGGAUGGCUCAGCACAACCACUCCUUCCUUCCAGCGGUGCACCAGGUGGAAACCCCAUGCUGUGGGAUGUUUUGUACACAGUCACAGCAAAGGUUACCAACAUUGGUAAAAUUACAGGAGAUGAAGUUGCACAGCUGUAUGUGGGACUGGGCGGACCCAACGACGCAGUUAGACAGCUCCGUGGCUUUGAAAGACUGAGCAUUGCACCGGGCCAGUCUGCUACUUUUACAGUUGAUCUUACGCGCAGAGAUCUUUCAAACUGGGAUGCCGUCUCGCAGGACUGGGUUAUCUCGGAUUAUGAGAAGACUGUCUACGUUGGUGCUUCUUCGAGGAAACUUCCUUUGAAAGAUACUAUCAGUGGGGCUUCUGACUUUAACUGA